UUUACUGCAACAUCUCAGGGUAGCACAACGGGGGGAGGGGGGUUUCCUGUGCGCAUGCGCGCUCCGACGCGGUGAAGCUUGGCGUCCCGCGCGGGUCACUGCAGGCCAUCGGCACCGCGGCGCUCGUCUGUCUCCUCUCAGGACCCGUCCGCAGUACCCAGAAUCCCCCGCGCCGAGACAAGAUGGAGGAGACUAGCGGCCGCAGGAGAACAAUGUUUGGGCUCUAAAGACGGAGAGGAGCGCCGCAGGGGGAUAGAGCGAACAGCGAAGGACGGCACUCGGCGGCCAUGUACCGGGUGUGAUUUUGUUCACUCAAGCCAGCGUUCCUGACCCGAGAUCACCAUGAGUAUUAUCCAAGACAAGCUGAGCAGCGAGUUCCUGCGUAACGGCGGGAUGGAGCCCAACUUUGCUCCUGGGAUGUUGAUGUUCAGCCACCUGCCACCUGUCGCCAGCUUCACGCGUUUGGCGGCGCAAUCGUCGCUGCACGACCCACCCCCGGAGGUGGUCCUCAAGAAAGAGCGGGAUUCUCCAGAUCGCAGCGAUGGCGGUGGUGGCUUCGUCCACGCCAUGGGCAUCAAACAGGAGAAGCUGACAGAACCAGACUACCGCAUGCCUCUCUAUGGCGGUGGCAUGGGGAGGGGCCCUGACCUGCUGGAGAUGUCCCUGGGCGGCCACCAGAACCUGCUGGUGCACGACCUCAGCCUAAGCAAUCUGUCGGGUAGGGUGGUGAAAGACCCCAAAGAGACUUCGUCGAGAAGAGGGCGGAAGUCAAACAGUGAUGGAUCAGAAGUGAAAGUGAGGAGGAAACGCGGCGACUCGUCCAAGUCGAUGAUGCUGGAUGGGGAGGGAGGGGCCCUGUCCCCGAACUCGAAGCCACACAUCUGCGAGCACUGCAACGCGGCCUUCCGCAGCUCAUACCACCUGCGCAGACAUGUGCUCAUCCAUACAGGUGAAAGGCCUUUCAGAUGCAGCCAGUGUAACAUGAGCUUCAUCCAGAAGUAUCUUCUCCAGCGGCAUGAGAAGAUACACAGCGGAGAGAAGCCCUUCAGCUGUGACCAGUGCAACAUGCGAUUCAUCCAGAAGUACCAUAUGGAGAGGCACAAGAGGACCCACAGUGGAGAAAAGCCAUAUAAAUGUGACACCUGCCAACAGUAUUUUUCCAGGACAGACCGAUUGCUAAAGCACAAAAGAACUUGUGGAGAAGCCAUAAAGAAAGGGCUGGAACCUGGCAUGUUGGACCUCGGGGUCGCUGAGGGCGAGGGUGGCAGCUAUGCUAUCACUCAGGGAAAUUCAAGUGCUUCCGGACGCAAAAAGAGCAAAUCCAAAGCCAGCGGCGAAGGCGGUGAGCGCAAGAAGAAGAAGGCCGCCGAGACACCGAUGGCCAGUGGCCUUGCUCUGCCGAAUUAUGCGGUGGAAGUCCCCACGGUGUCCUCCAGCAGCACCCUGGGUGGCUCGGGUGUACAUGGCCGCGCCCCCAAGCUCGUCUUCAAGAAAGUUGGUCGCAAGGCCACGGACAAAGGGUUGGUUUCCCUGGGCGAGUCCUCCGGCGGUCCUCACGAGCACAAGCUGCUCGCAGAGAAAUCUGCCUCCAUGGACCUGGCCGGGAGCUCGGGUAUGGACCACAUGGGACUGCUGCAGGGCUCUGGGCCCAAGCAAGGCCCCACCAGCAGCAACUACGAUGAUGCCAUGCAGUUCCUGAAGAAGCGCCGCUACCUGCAUGCAGCCAACAGCGGCGGGGACUACGGGGCGGGUGUGGUGCAGAUGCCCCCACAGCACACGGUGAUCCAGGGAGUGAUGGACAGCGAGGCGCCCCUGAACCUCCUGGACUCUCCCAUCGGCGGCGACGUCAAGCACGAUAAGUCGGGCAUCCCCGACGAGGUGCUCCAGAGUCUGCUGGAUCACUACUCGCAGAAGCCCGAUGGUCCCCAUGAUGUCCCGUUCGACCUCGCAGACCAGCACGUGGACCUGCACCCCCCGGCGGGCACUCCCGAGCUCGGCCAGGAGCAGGAAUCACCGGGCUCCUCGGGUGACAAGGCCGUCACCAUGCACGAGUACUCCAAGUUUCUGCUGCAAGCCCUGGAGCGCACCAGCCACAGCAGCAGCUUCCCGCUGGGUCCCACUGGGCCCUUCCCUGGUCUUGUGGCCAGCACCGGGCCCCCAGGUGGCUCGCUCUUCUCCGACAAGCAGGUCUACACUACUUCCCCCCUGGAAUGCGGCUUCAACCAGUCGGUUACCUCAGCCCUCAAUUCCUCCUUGCCCAAGUCCCACUUCGGGAUGCUGGCAGGCUCGGGUCAGCCGGUUUUCCACCUGAGCAGCCUGGAGACAGCGCACCAACAGCUGACGCCUUCUCAGGAGCUCACCGAGCAGAUCGAGAAGCAGCACUCGCCCGCCUAUCAGAUCGCGUCCUCGGAGCUCGCCGGGCAGAAGGAGCGGCAGACCAAGGGUGGCGCAACCGCCUCCGGCUACCAGCUGGCCUCGCAGGACCUGUCCCAGAUGGACCCCUCCAAGGGCGUCAAUGUGCGCUCACCAUACCAGAUCGAGAACUUCGCCCAGGCCUUCGGGUUCAAGUCGGGCAGCCGGGUCCCCCUGGCAUUUGGCCCCGACUCCGGCGGAGAGGCUGACCACAGAAUACGGACUCCUGUAUCAGAAUUCUCAGGGUACACUAGCUUGUUAGCUGACGUUAGUGAGCCAGUUAGUACAGGAUCCAAGACUUCGACAAGCCAAAGCUACAGGUAAAGUCGGGGGGGAGGGGGGCAAUCUAAGUGUUCUGAUUUUACUUUUUUACAGUAAGGUUACGUUUUAAUUACACUGCCAUUAAAUGUUUAUACAGCAUCCCACCUGGGAAGGCUGCAGGCCUCCUUCAAAUGCAAUUUUUUAUUGCUUUUUUUAAAAUAUAUUAGGUUUUUUUUUUUUUUCCUUAGUGUAGAGGUAGGUUUCAUUGUUAAAUGAAAAUAGAUGUAAAAUCAAUUUAUGCUUAAAUAGGGUAGAUGAAG